UCUAUUCACUAAACACACACAAAGACACGCGCACGUACACACAAAAGUCUCCACUAAAUGGCGAAAACACACAAAGUACAACAGACCUCCGGAGACUCGAAGAAGAACUAGCUAGUGGUAGGAGAAAGGAAAAAGAAAGAGCGCCGAUACCGUGCUCCUUUGUUGUUAUUAGUGCGGGACGGUGAGCGCUGCUCCGCCUCAUGCUAACGUUAACGUUAACGUCAGUUUUUUCAGUUCGAGAGGGAAACUUCUGCAGUUUCCAAGACACGGAAAACAACAACUAGAAGACACCCAGAAACACCAACCAGAUGUACUUGAGAGCAGAGACCUCCGUUUGAAAGGACCGUAUCUAAACAAGCCUACACCUGGGAACAGUUCGUGUUUGAUGCCAGCGGGAUGGGGAACAGCAGCAGUGACCGGUCCAGCGAUGGGCAGCGGGACAGGUCCUACAGAGAUGGACAACAAGGAGGGAAAGAGGCACGUCCCAACAUCCUGCUAGACAGCACCGAGGACGCAGACCUUUUCCAGAGAGAAGAUACAAAGGCUCCGCAGGAAAUACAGGAAUUUCUGGCCUGGCAGCAGGACCUGGAGAGUGAUAGCAAAAGUCCAACGCAGGCCAGACCGACUAUGUUCAGGUGGCCGGGGGCCGCCAAAGAAGUCUUUGUGUCCGGCUCUUUUAACAACUGGGCCACCAAGAUCCCUCUCAACAAAAGUCAAAAAAACUUUGUGGCUAUCGUGGACCUGCCAGAGGGAGAGCACCAGUACAAGUUCUGUGUAGACGGUCAGUGGACCUUGGAUCCUACUGGGGCUGUGAUGACGUCUAAAACUGGCACAGUUAAUAAUGUCAUCCAGGUAAAGUCAAGCGACUUUGAAGUCUUUGAUGCCCUCAGGAUCGACUCUGAGGAUUCUGCAGAUAUGUCAGACCUGUCCAGUUCCCCUCCCGGCCCCUACCUACAGGAAGCAUAUGUGAUCAAGCCAGAAGACAAGAUCAAGCACCCUCCCAUCUUACCUCCCCACCUGCUGCAAGUGCUGCUCAACAAGGACACAGGGAUCUCUUGUGACCCGACGCUGCUUCCAGAGCCCAACCAUGUGAUGCUCAAUCACCUGUACGCCCUCUCCAUCAAGGAUGGGGUGAUGGUUCUCAGUGCAACGCACCGAUACAAAAAGAAGUACGUGACCACUCUUCUCUACAAGCCAAUAUAAUCCACAGAGCCUUUGUCCUGCCUCUUAUUUUGAAAUGCCAAUAAUUCAUCUGUUGUUGUACACAGCGGCUGAUUGGAUUGUUUUGUUAAAAUCGGACCUACAUAUCUUCCUGGUAUCAAUUUAAAAGAUUUGUUAAAUCUUUUUUUUUUUCUAAUUUUAAAAAAUAUUUUAAAGUUAAACUUGCUGCACAAUGUUUGUCAAUUUAUGAUCCAACCAUAACUCCAACCUAAAGCUUCCCUUUAAAAAAAAAAAAGAAAUGAUAAGUCAGUAUCAACCAAAAACUCCCAAGAGACACGA